AUGUUUGGAAGUGCGAUAACUAGUAUCAGUCAGGUUCCCCCUUUUAAACCCCUGGGCCGCUUUGAGACCCUCUCCACUCAAGUUCAAGGUGUCAACAAUACUGCAAAUACUCGAAAACACUCAGAUACAUACGAACCGGAAGUUCUCAAUUGGUAUAAUGACGAUUUCAUCAAAGAUGAAGAUGGUAACAGAUCCCCCGUCGAAUUUGGUCAGAGGUCGUAUAUAUUCACGAAAUACCCGUUUGAGAAAUAUAUUGUAGACUUUGAUUCAUUUCAACUGACAUAUUCCUACGUUACGAAUUAUUAUUAUGAAAAAACCAUCGAAGAACGGUUAAAAAAACUCCCGACUUUAGAUCUAACAUCGCCGGAAACUUUUACUGAAUGGUUACUGUUCUUUCAACACUUAUUUGAGCUAUAUCCAGGGAUAGAAAAAGCUAUAUGUGAUCCAGAUUCUUUUGACUCGAGAAAGCUAUCCCAUAAGGUGAUAAAGUGUAUAUUCAGUACACCAAUGAGAUCUGCGCUAUUCAUUGAGGAAUUUUGUAAUCUUAUUUGUCGUAACCUCGAGAGCCAAAAGCUUACCACAAGACAAAUCCCGACACCGUUUGGAGAAUAUUUAAAUUUAAAUAUAGUUUGGAAAUAUAUAAAUUAUCAUCACAAGGAGCGAUUAGCACAUCCACAGAACUUCGUUGAUUCGUCAAGGACUGAAAAUGGGAAUGUAAAUGGGGAUGAGCAGGGAUAUGAAUAUGCUUACGAACCAGGAAAUAAAUACGAAUAUAAUCAUUGGCAACGUGGAGGCUUUAGAGGAAGAGGGAGAGGAAACUAUAGAGGAUUUAGAGGUGGAUUCAGAGGUGGAUAUAGAGGCAAUAGAGGUGGAUAUGGAGGUUUUCGUGGAGAUUUUAGAGGCUACCGUGGUGGAUAUAGAGGAAAGAAUUAUAAUCCAUACCAUAACCAAGGAAGAUACCUGUAA